AUGGAUAAAACUCAUUUGACAACCACCAAUAAUAUAAAUCAUACCAUCAAUAAUACAAAUAAUCUUUAUUGUUCAUCAUCAUCAACAAUAGUUCCAUUACCAAAUGAUGAUAGACAUAUACAUGAAACGGAUCGGUUUUUAAAUGAACAUGCAUCGUCAAAUAUUAUAUCUGAUUUGCCACGUUCACGUAAUCUUGAAGAAACAGAUGAAAAUGAUUUACCAUUUCCAGGUUUUGUUGAUCGAGUUUUUUAUUGCCUUAGACAAACAUCACCCUUACGUUAUCAAUGUUUACAACUAAUAACAUGGCCAUGGUUUGAACGUAUAAGUAUGUUUGUCAUUCUACUUAAUUGUGUAACACUUGGUAUGUAUCAACCAUGCGCACAUCAGAGCGGUGUACCAGUAGCAAAAAAAUGCGAUACUGUACGUUGUUUAUGGUUACAAGCAACAGAUUAUUUUAUUUUUGGAUUUUUUACUAUUGAAAUGUGUAUUAAAAUGACAGCUAUGGGAAUAUUUGGUAAAGGUACAUAUUUAGCUGAAACAUGGAAUCGACUUGAUUGUUUUAUUGUUAUUGCUGGAUUAAUUGAAUCGUUAAUACCAGGCGAUAAUUUAAGUUUAUCAGCUAUACGUACAAUUCGAGUUCUUCGUCCAUUACGUGCCAUUAAUCGUGUACCAUCCAUGCGUAUAUUAGUUAUGCUUUUACUUGAUACAUUACCAAUGCUUGGAAAUGUUUUACUUCUUUGUUUUUUUGUCUUCUUUAUAUUUGGUAUUGUUGGUGUACAAUUAUGGAAAGGUUUAUUACGUAAUCGUUGUUUUUUACAAUUAAAUAUAACAAGUAUACCUGAUCAUCCAUUAUUCAAUGAUCUUCCUUUACGACCUUUUUAUAUUCCAUCUGAUCACAAUUCAUUUGUUUGUUCAAAUCCACAAUCAAGUGGAAUGACAAAAUGUUCUGAAAUUCCUACAUUACGAAAAGGAAAUAUGACAUGUGAACUUGAUUUUUAUACAUCAUAUGCAGAAAUAAUAAUUGAUCUUAAGAAAACAGUAAAUGGUUGUAUUAAUUGGAAUCAAUAUUAUCAAUUUUGUAAUGUUUCUGAUAAAAAUCCAUUUUCAGGUUCAAUUAGCUUUGAUAAUAUUGGUUUAGCAUGGGUUGUUAUUUUUCAAAUCAUUAGUCUUGAAAGUUGGGUUACUAUCAUGUAUUAUAUACAAGAUGCUCAUUCAUUUUGGGAUUGGAUUUAUUUUGUUUUUCUUAUUAUAAUUGGUUCAUUCUUUAUGAUUAAUUUAUGUCUUGUUGUUAUAGCAACACAAUUUAGUGAAACUAAAAAACGUGAAACUGAACGAAUGUUAGCUGAACGAAGACGUUUUUCACGUUCAUCAAGUACAUUAGUUAGUGAUGAACCAGGUUCAUGUUGGGAAGAAGCAAUUAAAUAUAUUGAACGUUUAUGGCAUCAUGGACAUCGACGUUUAAUUGUAUUAUGGAAGCAUUAUAAAAAAAAACGCACGAAACUUAAUGAAAAACGUUUAUCCGAAGUAAAAAAACAUCGUCGAAAAACAUCAACAACAAUAAAUAAUAAAAAUUCUUCUUCAAUACAAAUUCAAAUUCAUUCAACAGCAAAUUCAUCUCCAUUAUCUAAUCUUAAUAUAAUUCAUCGACCUAAUUGUCCACUUUAUCAACCAACACAUCCAUCAACACCACCAUCAAUAAAUCCAUAUUUAAUUAAUGCGCCAGCAGCUAGUCCUGAAGUAUCCGAUAUAAUUGAUUCAACAAAUGCACCAACUCCAACUAAUGAACCUAAAAUAAUUCUACAUUCGCCAUUUGUUAAUAGUUCAACUACAUCGACUUUAUCACCCAUAUUAUCAAGAAAUCGUCGAAAAAAAUCAACUGAUAUUGUUGAACUUAUUUGUCCCGAUAUAAAUAUAAUUUCUUCAGCGAAUAAUAUGGUAGAAAAUUUAUUAGAUGAGACAAUUAAUAAAAAACCAAAUACUCAAUUUUGUGAAUGUCAACAACAAGAUAAUCUCAAUGGAGAAAAUAAUAAUAAUGAUAAUGAUAAUGAUAAUGAUGAUGAUAAUAAUAAUGAUGAUGAUGAUGAUGACAAUGAUAUUAAUCAAGAAAAAAAAGAAAAAAAACGUUCAAAAAUAAAUAUAUUAUUUCAUCAAUAUUGUUUAACUUAUCUAACAAAAAUUCGUCAAACAAUAUCACGUUUUGUUGUCAGUAAAUAUUUUCGUCGUAUUGUUUUAUCAGCUAUUGUUGUUAAUACAUUAUCAAUGGGUAUUGAAUAUCAUGGACAACCACCAUCUUUAACAAAUGCAUUAGAAUAUAGUAAUUUAGUAUUUACAUCAUUAUUUGCUAUUGAAAUGAUUUUAAAAAUAAUUGCUGAAGGUUGUUUAAAAUAUAUUAAAAAUUCAUAUAAUAUAUUUGAUGGUGUCAUUGUUAUUAUGAGUGUUAUUGAAUUGCAAGGAAAUCAAAAUAGUGGUUUAUCUGUUUUACGUACAUUUCGUUUAUUACGUGUAUUAAAACUUGUUCGAUUUAUGCCAACCUUAAGACGACAAUUAGUUGUCAUGCUUAAAACAAUGGAUAAUGUCGCAACAUUUUUUUCUCUAUUGAUACUAUUUAUUUUUAUUUUCAGUAUUUUGGGUAUGAAUCUUUUUGGUUGCAAAUUUUGCAAAUACAUCGAAGUAGAACCCAAUAAACGUCUUGAAUUCGAGUGUGCACGAGAAAACUUCGACUCUCUUUUAUGGGCAACUUUAACUGUAUUUCAAGUGUUGACACAAGAAGAUUGGAAUGAAGUACUUUAUAAUGGAAUGGAAAAAACUAGUGCUUGGGCAGCUUUAUAUUUCAUUGCAUUGAUGACAUUUGGAAAUUAUGUUCUAUUUAAUUUACUUGUUGCUAUUCUUGUUGAAGGAUUUUCAACAGAGAAAGGAGGGAAUAUGUCAGAAAGUGGCGGUAGUAGUGAUCGAUUAGCCAAAGCAGAUCCAUUUAAAACACAAGCACUUUUCACAGGUGAUGUUGAAGUACCAGCAAAUCCACAUGAAUUAAUUACGGAUGAUAUAACAAGUGUAAAAAAUAGUACAACUGAAAAUAAAAAUCUUCGAGCAAAAGAAGUAAAAAUAAUGAGUAUUCCAAAAAUUGCUAUAAGUAAUGAAUUUGAUUCAAGUUUAAAAAUAUUUGAAACACAUCCACAACAAAUAAAUACAACACCAACACCACCAACACCAUAUAAAUCUAUAAUAAAAAAUCGUUCAUCACAACCACAAACACCAUCAUCAACAUCAACAACACAAAGUUAUUAUACAUGUCCAACACGUUUUGAUUCAAAUUUUUCAAAUGAUCCUAUGCGUAAAUCAUUUAUAAAAAAUAAAACAUCCGAUCCAAAUUCAAUAAAAAAACAAACUAUUGAUGAAAAUGAUACUGAAUAUGAUAUUUCAGGCUUCUCAAAUUUAGAAGAUAUAUCAAAAAUGCAAACAUCUAGAAAUGAACAACAAAUUCCUCGUCGACGUGGUACAAUAUCAACAGCAUCAGUAUUACAUUCAAAUAAUAAUUUAAAUGAAAAUGUACCUAAAAAACAAUAUAGUUUACGUAAAAAUCAUUCAUUUACAUAUGUUACUAAUGAGAAUAUUUCAACAUCAACUUUUAAUAAAUCAUCACGAAAUUCUUUUAUUCCACAUAUAACAGAACCUCCACCACCAUUACCAUAUGCAGAAAAAAAUGCACGAAAUUCUUUAACACAAAUAAGUCAUGGACAACGACAAAAAAAAUCUCUACCUGUACGACGAACAAAUUCUUAUCGUCCAUCAUCAUCAUCAUCAACAACAGUAUUAAGACGUUUUAUUCUACGUGAUGGAAAAUUAAUUGAACAAGAUAUAAAUAAUUCCCAACCAAUUAUAAAACGACGAUCAACAUUUGAUAAUUCUUUAUAUCCAAUGACACAAAUUGAAACAUCAAAUACAUAUGAAACAGUACAACUGGAAGAUAAUGAACAACAUAUUAAAACUAAUUCAAAUAAUUCCAUUCGAUUAGUUAUAGAUAAUAAUUUAAAUACACAAUCCAUUGUGAAUGAUCAAAGUGAUAUGCAAUUAGAUAUUGAAAGAAAAACAAAAAAGCCACAACUUGGAAUUUUUCGAGCAUGUUUAAUUCGUUUAUGUGGUGAACGUUGUUUUCGUUAUUUAAAAAAACGUGAUCAUUAUUCACUGUAUCUUUUCUCACCAGAAAAUCGAUUACGUAGAGCAUUAAAAUAUUUAAUUGCACAAAAAACAUUUGAUUAUUCCAUUCUAUUUUUUAUAUCUCUCAAUUGUAUAACACUUGCUAUGGAACGUCCAUCAAUACCACCAAUAAGUUUUGAACGUGAAUUUUUGAAUAUGACAAAUUAUAUUUUCACAGCUAUAUUUACUAUUGAAAUGGUAAUCAAAAUAAUUGCAGGUGGACUUAUAUGUGGAUCACAUACAUAUUUACAUACUGGUUGGAAUGUUAUGGAUGGAUUUCUUGUUAUUAUAUCUGUUAUUGAUCUUGCAACAAUGUCUCGUGGAGGUAGUGCAAUAACACCUAUUAAUGCUGAUUCUGAUGCAACAACACGGAUAUUUAGCAUGUUAAGAGUUUUUCGAUUAUUAAGAACAUUAAGACCGUUAAGGGUCAUUAGUCGAGCACCUGGUCUAAAACUUGUUGUUCAAACAUUACUUUCAUCAUUACGACCAAUUGGUCAUAUUGUUGUUAUUUGUUGUACAUUUUUUAUUAUAUUCGGUAUUCUUGGUGUUCAGCUAUUCAAAGGAAAAUUUUAUUAUUGUGCCGGUGAAUUUGCUCGUAAUGUAACAACAAAACGACAAUGUGUAGAAAUGCCUGAUCAUCAAUGGAAAAAUCAACAAUUUAAUUUUGAUAAUUUAGGUCAAGCAUUACUUGCAUUAUUUGUUUUAGCAUCACGUGAUGGUUGGAUACAAAUAAUGUAUAAUGGUAUUGAUGCUGUUGAUGUUGAUAUGCAACCAAUAAGAAAUUAUAAUGAACCUAAAUUAAUAUAUUUUAUAUCAUUUUUAUUACUUGUUGGCUUUUUUGUUUUAAAUAUGUUUGUUGGUGUUGUUGUUGAAAAUUUUCAUAAAUGUCGUGCUGAACAAGAACGUGAAGAAAAAGCACGACGUACAGCUAAAAGAGCAAGAAAAAUUGAACGAAAACGACGUCGUAUGCAUGAAAUACCAUAUUAUGCACAUUUUUCACCAUGGAGAAGACGUUUGCAUGAUAUAUGUAAUAGUAAAUAUUUUGAUUUAAUUAUUGCUGCUGUUAUUGGUCUUAAUGUUGUUACGAUGUCAUUAGAAUUUUAUUUAAUGCCACCGAUUUUUGAUUUAGCUCUUGAUUAUUGUAAUUACGUAUUUACAGGUGUAUUUAUAAUUGAAUCAAUAUCGAAAAUUAUUGCACUUGGACCAUUACGUUAUUUUAAAGACAAAUGGAAUCAAAUCGAUACAACGAUUGUUGUUUUAUCCAUUGCUGGUAUUGUUAUGGAGAAAAUGAAAAGUGGACAAGUACUUCCAAUUAAUCCAACACUUAUUCGUGUUAUGAGAGUACUAAGAAUUGCUCGAGUUCUUAAAUUAUUAAAAAUGGCAACAGGUAUUCGAGCCUUAUUAGAUACUGUAAUUCAAGCUCUUCCACAAGUGGGAAAUUUGGGUCUUUUAUUCUUCCUUCUUUUCUUCAUAUUUGCUGCAUUGGGUGUUGAAUUAUUUGGAAAAUUAGAAUGUGAUGAUGACCAUCCAUGUACUGGUCUUAAUAAACAUGCACAUUUUAAAGAUUUUGGUAUGGCAUUCUUAACAUUAUUUCGUAUUGCAACAGGUGAUAAUUGGAAUGGUAUUAUGAAAGACGCUUUACGCAACGAUGAUUCACCACAUAGUGUGAAAAAUCCAUUUAUGACUGCAUUAGCACCAAUUUAUUUUGUUGUUUUUGUUCUUAUGGCUCAAUUUGUUCUUGUCAAUGUUGUUGUUGCUGUAUUAAUGAAAAAACUUGAUGAAUCAAAUCGUAUGGUAGCUGAUGAAGCAGAAAUUGAUGAAGAAAUUGAAAGACAAUUAGAAGCUGAUGCACAUGAUAGAAAUUAUCUUGAACAACCAUUACUUGAUGAUAAAGAUCUAGAUCUUCUAAAUGAUAAUACAAUGCAAUUGUUUCCAUUGACUAAACAACUAUCUUUACCACCUAAUUUUACAUUUCAUUCCAUGAGUUCACCAACACCACGUCGACCAAAAUUUAAAACAAUUGAAGUAGUUAAAGGUUCAUCAUUAUCAUCAGUUAUUGGUUCACCAUCACGUUUUAUAACAUUACAAAUAGACAAAUCUUCAUCAUCAGUUAAUGAUGAAGAAAAUAUUCCAUUAAAUGUUCGUACAAGUACAGAAGUUUUAUAUCGUCCAACAUCAAUUAUAUCUCAUCAUCGUUCAAAUACAGUUCCAUCACGUGAUCGAAGAUCUGAUUCAAGAAUAAAAUCAAAUCAACAAACAACAUAUCUUUCGCCAACAUAUAAACGUCAUGAAAAUAUUCAACGAUCACCAGCACCUCAACCAUUUUCACCAUCAUUAUUACCGUCACAAGCAAGACGACGUAUACGUGCUAUUGAUGAUCCCGAUGAAAUCGAUUCACCAACAGGUAGCAUUACCAAUCGCUAUGUUUAA